UGUUAUGACAGUCCAGGAAACCGGAAAUGCACUCUCAAUAAGUAAAACUGCGCAUGCGUUUACCUCUCGUGCUUUCGACCUUUACAGCAGACCGACAUCGGACACACACCUGCUGCUCUAGUUGACCUGACCUGAACGUCCAGUCGUAAUGUAUGCCUGUGCUAAGUUCGUCUCCACGCCCUCUCUGGUCCGCGCUGGAUCACGGGCACUCUACAGACCACUCUCAGCAGCAGUAGUGUCUGACAGGAAAGCAGAGACUGCUUCACUCCUGGCACCACUAAGUACUGCAGCCUCCCAGCAGCAGGUGGCAGUGCGAGGAUUCCAAACCAGCGCUGUGAGCCGUGAUAUCGACACAGCCGCAAAGUUUAUUGGAGCAGGAGCUGCCACUGUGGGAGUGGCUGGAUCUGGAGCUGGAAUUGGAACUGUGUUUGGCAGCCUUAUUAUUGGAUAUGCCAGGAACCCCUCUCUGAAGCAGCAGCUGUUCUCGUACGCCAUCUUGGGCUUUGCUCUGUCUGAAGCUAUGGGUCUCUUCUGUUUGAUGGUUGCAUUCCUUAUUCUGUUUGCCAUGUAAUGUUCGGCAUUUGUUGUACAAAAAACAUUACAUUGUCAACAAGUCAGCAGUUUGAAUAGCAGGAUAAUAUCAGCUGAGUGUUGCUUAUUCUUGUCAGUGUUUCCAUAGAGAUUAUGAAUUUGAUGUAAGGACCUCUGCUAAACUCAAAUCACUUUAAUUAUGGGUUUGACCAUAAUGUAUUUUUGAUCAAAAGUUUUUGUUAAUAAACAAAAGGAAAAAAACAAAACAUGCAACCAAUAACAGAAGUAAAACAAUUCUUCAUUUGUCUGUAAA